CGGGGAGCCUGGUCGAUGCUGCGCACUGUUUAUUUGCCUCAGUCUCCCGGUCGGUCAGAAAAAAGAGAGAGAAUCUGGUCGUUGGGAACAAUGAGUGGAGCCUAUGAAAAAAAGCUGCCUGCCCUCCUCACGGACAUGCAGAGUUCGAUGGGAUGUCACCCUGCGAAAGAUUCUCCAACCCUCCCAGAAUCAACGGCGACAGAUGUUGGCUAUUAUAAUGCGCAGUCCUGUCAUCCUCAACAUGACUACUACUCGACAUCAGCCUAUUCUCAACCGGUGAACCACUAUUCGUACCACCAAUUUAAUCUGAACAAUAUUCCGGGGCCUGGCUCUUAUUCCCAAAAACCCGAGUAUGCUUACAGCAAUUCGUACCGUCAGUACAGCCAUUUCAACAGGGAUCCGCAACUAUCGGCGGCCGAGAGAGUUUCAGUGAAAGAAGAACCAGAGCCUGAAGUGCGAAUUGUGAACGGGAAACCUAAAAAGAUCCGUAAGCCCAGGACAAUAUACUCGAGUUUCCAGUUGGCAGCUCUGCAGAAACGCUUCCAAAAGGCACAGUAUCUGGCGUUACCUGAGCGGGCAGAACUGGCAGCCUCUCUGGGACUUACGCAAACACAGGUGAAAAUCUGGUUUCAGAACAGAAGAUCCAAGUUUAAGAAGUUAUACAAAAAUGGAGAGCUCACAAUGGAGCACAGUCCUAACAACAGCGACUCGAUGGCAUGCAAUUCACCACCUUCUCCAGCCGUUUGGGAGAGCCACAGUUCAACUAGGAACCCCAUCAAACAUCAAACCCCUCAUAAUUCAUCUCAGAGCUACCUGGAAGACUUUAAUCAUUGGUACCCACCCCAUCCCUCAGGCUCUCACUUAACAGCAACAAACUCACUGCACCAGCCACCACCUCAGAGUACUGGAGCAGUCUAUUAAAACUUUUAUUUUUACUUCAAAAACCUUGAAACAUUUGAACUUUUGAUCUCUUGCUGUUUUGGAAAAUGACAACAACAACUUGCGUCUAUAUAGCUCCUUUUAGUGAGGGGAGGGGGGUGAGAAAUAUGCCAAAACUCUUCACAGAUAUGUAAAAAUAAAUAAGGUAUGUAGUGAAUAAAACUACAUCGACAUUGCAGAAGAGCCAGGCUGUAAGUGAACUAAAAACAUCAGGAAAAUGGAAUAAAUUUCCAGCAUAUACCCCCAUUCAUUUCUAUAGUAAAACAAAGCAGUUUUGUACAUAAUACCAAUAACUGUAUAUGAGGAACAAAAUCGAGGUAUUUUGUAACUCUGUCAGUUGUCAGAUCUCCGCUGCACACUGAACUGUUAUAAUUUUCCCAAUUUCAGUAACACACAAUUUUUUUGCAUUCCUUUGCCUAUGUUUUGUUAUAUUAUUUAAGUUUUUUUUGAUCUAUUGGAGUGGUUAAAUUAUUACUGCCUGUAUAAUAUUAGAGAGUAGUGGCCAGUUUGUUUGAUGUAGCAGAUAUAUUGUAUCCAUUGAACGAUGUCCGAUGCAGUAUGAUUUAAAAUAUGGUAUUCACUGUAAAAUGGGAAUUCAGUUUGCAAUAGAUCAAACGAUGGAGUACAAACUGUGGACAAAUAGCAGGAACUCUAUUUAUGAUGCUCCAUCAGGGUAUCUUUUUUCUAAAAGAAAGUGUACAUAAAAUUUUACACUCCAGCUAUAAAGUAAUAAUUAAGAAAAACCUUGCGGGUAAUUUUUAAGAAUAUAUGUGACACUGGGAGGAACUCCUCAAAAUCAUGAAAAUUUCAUUGCAACUAUUUGGCUUGUAAAGAAUGUCCGAGAAGCACCAAGCUCUGUUUUAACUUACAUUCUGUUUUGUAAUAAAUCUUUUAAAUGCUUGUCUGACUAUGUCCUUGAGAAUGUUAAUAAUAAUAAAAAAAGUCAUCAUUCCACAA